GAAGAGCAAGGGCGGCCCAGGCCCUCCGCCGCCACCAGCAUGGAAGGAGGCGCCGGGAACUCCAAGAGCUCCGGAUUCGCCGGCCUCUUCGGCGCCGGAGGAAUGGCGGGGCCGGGCUAUUCCCACGCGGACCUGGCCGGCGUCCCUCCAGGACCUAGGCAAUGCCUCACACAGCUCCAGCUGAAUCUCUGCCUGAAGACUGCGUGAGGCUGCCUGCCAUCCCCAAUCAGCUGGAGCUGCACGCACUGAUCCUGGGGUCUCCGCAGGACCCAGGCAGGCAAUGCCUUGCGCAGCUCCAGCUCAAUCUCCACCCGAAGACUUGACUGGAAUGAAUCCCUUGUCCCCUUAUUUAAAUGUUGACCCUAGAUAUCUCAUACAGGAUACAGAUGAAUUCAUUUUACCUACUGGAGCUAGUAAAACCAGGGGCAGAUUUGAACUGGCGUUCUUCACAAUUGGCGGAUGUUGUAUUACAGGAGCUGCUUUUGGGGCAUUAAAUGGCUUGAGAUUAGGUUUGAAAGAGACACAAAACAUGGCUUGGUCCAAACCUAGGAAUGUACAGGUUUUAAAUAUGGUGACCCGGCAAGGAGCAUUAUGGGCGAACACUCUUGGAUCUUUAGCGCUGCUGUACAGUGCCUUUGGCGUCAUCAUUGAAAAGACACGAGGGGCAGAAGACGAUCUGAACACGAUGGCAGCUGGGACCAUGACAGGGAUGUUGUAUAAAAGUACAGGUGGAUUGCGUGGGGUAGCCAGAGGUGGCAUCGCAGGACUCAUGCUAACAGGCCUCUACUCGUUGUACAACAACUGGGAGCACAUGAGGGGCUCUAUGCAACGGCAGUCCCUUUGAGCAGAGCGGCGGGGGAGGGAGCCUCUAUCCGUGCAGCGCAAUCAGACUGGACCCCCCCUUUGUUAUAGUACCUAGUGGACACACAACAAACACACCCCACUCAAGACCACCGAUUCCCGCGGCCACAGUGGAGCUCUUGAGCAUUCCGCAUCCUUCAGGGCCACGGGUGGCGGAGAGCGCCAUUUUACCUGCAGAAAUGAAGAUCUCAUCUCCAUAAGCAUGUUUGUACGCCGAGGCCAUUGCUUGAUUUGACUGUAAUAAAAUGUAUGUGCUGAAAAACGUUCAGUUUUUAAACGUUUUUAAAAGCUGUCCACCGACAACGGCCUGACCUUAUCAGAGCACCAGUGAUCCGGCGCUCAAGGUAGGUAGGAGCAAGGGAGAUGGCGUGGCAGCAGUGGCAGCACAAAACUGGGAAGUGUGUUGAGGGCACCACUUUCCCUUUUACGAAAAUGCUUGCAGUCACAUCUAGCGUUCUUUCACAGAUGACUUUCUGGGUGCUGAGCUGAAAAGUACGGUCUGGUCGUUUUUGACAAUCCUUAGUAAUAAACACAAAUGUUGCAGUUUGA